UUUGGGCGAUUUUACCAUCUAAAUUUACGUUUUUAAGAAAUUUAUGCAGGCAGUAGUGUAUGAGAUUGCAAAUAUCCGCUCUAAUUUAAAAAAAUCUUUGUUCAUACAGCCGGAGACAACUUAUGUGUUUACAUACUAUUAAAAGGCUGCACGUGUUUAAUUGUGUCUCCAAUUUUAACAUGUAUCAUUUAUCCACAUACUUCUUUUGGCUUCUCAUCUUGUGGAUCAGACUUUAUCGUUGGGUCGAGUUUCAAGUGCUGAAAGUGUUGCGAAAUCCUAUAAAUAAAAUAAUCUCAGCGCAAGCAUCCAAACAUGGAAUUGUAAUCAAUGGACAAGAUCACUGCAUGCAAAACAUAAAAUCGGAAGAAAUAAUUUAUUUGACUGUUCGAAAUCCAAACACGUUCAUCACUAUUAUAAAUCAAGGAAGCAUCGGACUGGGCGAGACGUAUAUGAAGAAAUGGUGGGAUUGCGGCGAAGGAAAUGAAGAGGAAAUAUUUCUCAAAGUUUUCAAUUUGACUGAAGGACUUAAACCUCAUCCCAUGCUUCGUUUAACUGAUUGGAUCACUGUGAGGGCGAAGGAUACACCGUGGGAAACAGGGUUAGAAACCGGGUGGAUUACAUCGUUUGGGAAGGACUUCUUCACGGCAGGAUUGGGCCCUUGUUCGAACUUUGUCGCUGGAAUAUAUUCCAACGGAAACACUAACAUGGAAACCGCUCAAUUAGAAGGGUUCAAAUAUCUGGCAGACAAAUUGCAACUAACGCCCGGAAUGAAGGUGCUUGAACUCGGGUGUGGAUACGGCGGCUUGGCCCAUUUCCUCGCUGACAACUACAAAGUCAAUGUCACAGGUGUGACUAAUUCGAGAGAAGAAGCCUGUAAGGCUAAAGAGAAAAGAAAUAAUUCUAAGGUAGAGAUCAUCGAGAGUGAUUUCCGAGAACUUCCUGAUUCUUAUAUGGGAAUAUUUGAUCGGGUAAUUUGCGUUCAUAUGAUGGAACAUCUUGGUGGGCCGGCCAAUUAUGCUGGGUUCUUCCGCUCUGCGGCCAAAUUUCUCAAGAGCGGAGGACUUUUCGUGGUGCAGAGUUACGUCAUGGAUCGUAAACCGCCGUUAAGGAUUGACCCCUUUACGAGGAAGUACAUGGCGCGGUGCAGCGUGGUGCCAGAACUGAACGAAGUGGUGGAAGCAGUACGGGACAAUUUCUACCUUGAAAGUCUGGACAAUCUCGGUCAGAAUUUGGUACCGUUUUUCUCAGCGGUAGAGAAAAAUGUUAAUUUGGCUUGGCCACUCCUCUCGAAAAAGUAUACGACGGGUCAUUAUCGGGUUUUUAAAUUAGUUUUAAAAAUUAUGUUAGCAUUGUCUCAUGGAAGGAAAAUGCAUGAUUUGGUGCUUGUACUUUCGGUUAAGUCGAAAUAAACAAAUUACAUAAUAAAACAAUGAUAAGACAAUAAUUGAAAAUUCCAUUAGUUAUUCAAAUUCACUACUAUUUAUUCCUUCAAUUGAACAUAGUGUAAUCCUAUAACUUAUUCUAAACCCGAUUGAGGAUAUUUAUUUCUUGUUUUGUAAGACUGCGUGUAUAAUAGAUAUUUAUGUACAUAACUACAUACAUACAUUAAUUUACAUGCAAAAGUAAAAUAUAUUUGAUCUCAAGCUUCUAAAUCUGAUUUUAUUGAAAAAAAUUCCUUGUAAAUUUGCCGUUCCUGGUAAAUACUAUAAAUAUGUAGUUUUGCCAAUGACAAAAGAUUGUGGGUAUAUGGCAAGAUAUUUUCCAUAACAUUUUCCAAUAUAUUGAAUAGUAUUUAUACAUAGAUAAAUAUACGGCCUACCUCGUCAACAAGUUUCCAAUUACAGAAGUAUUUAUCUGGGUUAGGGAAUUAAUGCGGACAGGACGCAAUAUGGAUGCCAAAUUGAGGACAAAAAAAUUGUGGAUAAAAUAAUCUGGACUAGAAGAAAUAUUGACAAUAUAAAUAUGGACGGUGAUAAAUGUGGAUACAAAAAAUCUCGAAAAUAUAUUUUCCAAAUAAUUAAAAUGCGAAUACUAAAGUUAGAUCUGAAGCUGAGGAAUUCUGUGAAUGAGGUUGUGAUCCCCAGUGGAGAAUGCAAUACCGGUAUUUUUAUCGGCAUUAUCGAAUACCGGUGUUUAACUUUUCAAUACCUGUAUUCAAAUUAUAAAUUUUACAUAUUGAUACCAUCUUUCAUUCAACCAAUUUCACUUAUUCAAUCCGAUAUUAUAAUACAGGAUUGAUUGUGACAUUUUUGGCAGAUACAUAAUUAUAAGUAAUAUAUCGGUUACGCCAAAUUUUUCAUAAAUAUUCUAGUAUACUGAUAGACAUUUAUUUUUAAAGUUUCUAAAAUUUGUCAAAAAUUAAAAAAAAAUGAUAGGGACAUCAUCGUCUAGAAAAAUUUCUGGCAAGCUCAACUAAAAUUCCACUUUUGUACAAGAAGUAUUUAUGAAUAAUUUUUAUAUUGCAAGCAAGGCUUAUCCUUUUGUGUACUUCUAAUAUUAAAUAACAGAUUUUCAGCCAUGGUGCACGCUAACUCCUAAGAAGUGUAAUUGUGAUAAUUUCGAUAAUAAAAUAAGGCAAGUCUAAUCAUA